AUGACGGAGCAAACAUUCCGAUAUUUCACAAUCGCCACACCGCAAGAAUGGGUCGCCCACGUUCAAAUUAACCGGCCCGAAAAGCUGAAUGCCUUCAUAGAGCCAAUGUGGCAUGAACUGAAGAAAGUAUUCGACGGCCUCUCGGACGACCCCUCGAUACGUGCUAUAGUCUUGUCAGGGGCGGGCGAGAAAUCUUUCUCUGCUGGCCUUGACAUCCAAAGCGCAUCCAAGGAGGGGUCAAUGUUCAACCCGAGACGCGAGGACGUGUCGGAUCCGGCUCGACACGCAUUCAAAGUUAGGAAGUGGGCGCUACAGUUUCAAGAAUGUGUUUCCAGCAUCGAGCGAUGUGAAAAACCCGUUAUCUGCGUCCUUCAUGGAGUCUGCUUCGGUCUUGCUAUCGACAUUGCGACGUGCGCAGACCUGAGAAUAUGCACAUCAGAUGCAGCAUUCAGCGUCAAGGAAGUUGACGUUGGACUGGCCAGUGAUGUUGGAACGUUGGCACGUCUACCCAAGGUGGUGGGCUCUUAUGCCUGGGUCAAGGAUGUAUGCCUGACCGCGAGGACCUUUGGCGCUCAAGAGGCAUUGCGCGUCGGGUUCGUGACUGAUAUACUGCCUGCAAAGGCAGAAGCAGUGCUGAAGGCCCUGGAAACCGCAGAGACAUUGGCGAGUAAGAGUCCCAUGGCAGUCCAAGGAACCAAGAACUUUUUGGACUGGUGUCGAGACCAUGACGUUUCUUCAGGCCUCCAGUACAUGGCUGUUUGGAAUGGCGGUGCAUUGAAUACUAAGGAUGUUCCACUGUCCCUCGAGUCAAUCCGAGGAAAGACGGGGAGCUCUCCAAGAUUCGAGAAACUGUAA